UCCAUCCAAGUUGAAGGUGAAAGUAUUUUCCUAUCUCGUCCUGUAGCCCUUUACGCAGCGGUUUGUGCCCGGUUGGUUUACCGUUUUAGCUAACACCCCUCCUCGGUAAUAUUCAUCAUUAUGUCGUUAUUCGGUGAGGUUCCCCAAGCCACCCCAGUGGCUGUAUUCAAGCUGUCGAAUGAUUUUAAAGAGGACCCGAACCCCAAGAAGGUGAACCUCGGAGUUGGAGCCUACAGGACAGAUGAGGGCCAGCCCUGGGUGCUGCCUGUGGUUAAGAAGGUGGAGAAGAUCAUCGUAGAGGACAACAGUCUGAACCAUGAGUACCUGCCCAUUCUGGGUCUGCCUGAGUUUAGGUCCUCCGCAUCCAAGAUCGCCCUGGGAGAAGACAGCCCUGCCAUCCAGGAGAAUAGGGUGGGAGCGGUGCAGUGUCUGGGGGGUACAGGUGCUCUGAAGAUGGGGGCAGAGUUUCUCAGACGCUGGUACAACGGGAAUGACAACACGAAAACACCUGUCUACGUCUCAGCGCCUACCUGGGAGAACCACAACGCUGUGUUUGCCAACGCUGGGUUCGAGGACGUCCGUCCCUAUAAGUACUGGGACGCAGAGAAGCGAGGACUGGAUCUGGACGGUUUCCUAGGUGACCUGGAGAGUGCACCAAAGCAUUCCAUCUUCGUUUUGCACGCGUGCGCCCACAACCCAACCGGCACAGACCCUACACACGUAGAAUGGAUGCAGGUGGCUGAGGUCAUGAAGAGGAGGAAGCUGUUUGUGUUCUUUGACUCUGCGUACCAGGGCUUUGCGUCAGGCUGUCUGGAUAAGGAUGCCUGGGCCGUGCGCUACUUUGUCACCCAGGGCUUCGAGAUGUUCUGUGCCCAGUCCUUCUCCAAGAACUUUGGCCUCUACAAUGAGCGUGUGGGGAACCUGACUAUCGUAGCUCGUGAUUCUGACAACCUGAAGAGAGUUCUGUCUCAGAUGGAGAAGAUUGUAAGGGUAACCUGGUCCAACCCUCCCUCCCAGGGUGCAAGGCUGGUCGCCAUCACACUCAACACACCUGAACUCUUUGCUGAAUGGAAGGAUAAUGUGAAGACCAUGGCAGACCGUGUGUUGUUGAUGAGGGCUUCACUCCAGGCUAAACUGCAGGCUCUGGGAACACCAGGAACAUGGGACCACAUCACACAGCAGAUCGGCAUGUUCAGCUUCACUGGCCUCAACCCUAAACAAGUGCAGUACAUGAUCAAGGAGAGGAGUAUCUACCUGAUGGCCAGCGGUCGUAUCAACAUGUGUGGUCUGACCACUAAGAACAUCGACUAUGUGGCAGAGUCUAUCCACGAGACUGUUGUCAACGUCCAGUAGAAGACUACACUACCCUCCAGCCCCCCACCAGCAGUGUGUGUGUAUAAUGUAUUGGACCAAACAUACAUAAUAAGCCCCAUUCCCAACUCCCAGCACACCAGCCUACGCUGGGCCUAUAAUGUCACUGGCUGUCUAUAGAUACAUUAUAUGUGAACACUUAAAUGAAUGCACAAGGCAACGUAACGGUUAAAGAGAAGUGUUAAUGAUUUGUCUGUGUGUGUAUCAUCCCUGUUUGUCAUCACUGCUGCUUGCAGUAGAUUGUGGUUUAAUUUAAUUUGUAUUGUUUUUGUUCAGUAGUGUUGAAGUCCUGUUUAAUGAAUAAGCACUGUGUGUCAGGGCAUUUUAGCUGCUGUGUGGUUCCACACUAAGGCACUAGCUGGCUGUGUCUUAAUAAUCGGAAAUGGCUUCCUUUCCUAAUCUCCUUCAUUACAACUGAUGUUCCUUCCACCUGUCAUGUCCACCCAGAUCAGUGAUCAUGGAGGGAUGGACACAAGGAAAGGAGAUUUGGAAAAUAAGCUAUAGUGUUUAAACUAUUGAGACACAGCCCCAGUGUAUCUGGAUGUAUUUUUUGUUGUUUUUGUAUUAGGACUAGCUCCAGCAGUGCUGGUGAUGAUGAUCUUCCAUUGCUUAUUAAUAUGAUUAACAUUAUCUUGUGAUUAGUAUUGUUUGGGUUGUUGAAUUGCGGUGGGAUGUGGGCCUGGCAUUUAGGAAAAAAAUUACCUCCAUUUUAUUUAAAGCUGCAGUAGUAACGUUUUGGGCGAUCCGACCAAAUUCAUGUAGAAUUGUGAGUUAUAGAUUUGGCAUUCUCAUUGAAAGCAAGUCUAAGAGCAGUAGAUCUGUUCUAUGUGCACUAUUUCUAUGCUUCCCGUUCUUAAGU